AUGGCCGGAUCAGAUGUCAUAGCGUACAACCGAGAGAUCACAGCCUUUGCCAAGGAGGUGCAGUGGCAGGAAGCCUUGCGCAAGCUGGCAGAGCUUCCGAAGAGCUUGAUGCAGCCGAGCACUGUUUCAUACAAUGCGACCAUGAAGGCCUGCCAAGGGGCAGCGGAAUGGAAGCUCGCGCUGGCUCUGCUGUCAGAGCUUCUUCGAGGUGAACUGCAAGCCACGCAGAUCUCGUUCGGUACAGCGAUCAGUGCCUGCGAUGGUUCCUCGUGGGCGCAGGCGCUGCGGCUGCUGGGAAGCCUUGCGGAGACCAACCUGGAGCCCAACCGCAUCCUCUUCAACGCUGCCACAGGCGCUUGUGCCGCUGGAAAGUCCUGGCCGGAGGCCAUGCAGCUGACAAAGCUCAGCGUACAGAGGCGGAUUCGUCCCGACAGCUUCACCUGCACUGUGAGCCUCGGCUACGGGGAUCGGGGCCCAUGGCCCGUGGCGCUGCAGGUCUUGUGUGCCAACCUCAUCCAUGGUGUGGAGCUCGGCGUGAUCUCCUUCAACGCUGCCGUCAACACUGCGGCCGCGUGGGGUCGCUGGAAGCAGGCACUGCAGAGCGUCCGCCAGCUUGACAAGGGCCACCUCCGGCCCAACAUGGCGACGCUCCAAGCCGCGAUGAAAGCGUGCCAGCAAGCGGGCCGAUGGCAUCAGGUGCUGCAGUCACUGCACCAGCUCCACAUGCGGGGCCACAGAUGGGACCUCAUCUCCUUCGCGACUGCUGCUGGAGGCAGCACGUCCGCAGGGCGCUGGGCACAUGCAGCAGCUUCCCUGCACGGCCUUCGGAAGGCCCAGCUGCGCUCCAACAGCGCGGUGGGCGCCUCCGUCCUCGGCACCUUGGCCACCCGCGGGCCAUGGAGGAAGGCGCUGCUGUUCUUUGGCACCCUGCCCCGCCUCCGCAUCGAGGUGCGCGCGUCGCCGUAUGCAGACCUGGUGACUUCAGUCGCUGUCGGCCGCUGGCGACUGGCGGCGCGUCUUGUGCUCGGCAGGCCGAUGGACAAUGUCAGCCUGAAUGCUCCACUUUCUGCGAUUGCACAUCGCGGUCAAUGGAGGUUCGUCCUUGUCACCGUGGCGCUGCGCUCCACCGAGGGCAAGGAAACAGCUCCUGAUGCGGCGCUGGCUGCCCGCUGCGAGAGCGGGUCCGUCCUGGCGCAGCAGGGCCUUUGGGGUCAUGCGCUGGCCAAGCUGCGCUGGGCUCCAAGCGUGGGACUGCAGGCCUCGCUUCUGUGCUGCAACGCGGCCCUGAGUGCCUGCGAGAAGGGCGGAGCCUGGCGACGAGGUUGCUGCCUGUUGGCGCAGCUUCCCCGCCGCCGCCUUGGGGCUACAGUCAUCAGCUUCAGCGCUGCCCUGAGCGCGUGCGAGAAGCGAGCGGAGUGGACCGAGGCCCAUCUGCUCUUGGUGCACCUCUGGCGAGAUGGCCUGGAGCCGAAUGAGGUCACAUUCUCGGCCAUGACCAGCGCGUGCGGCAAGGGCAAGCAGUGGCAGCAGGCAGUCCUGGUCUUCAGCAGCUUGCUGGCUGGUUUGGAGGUCAGCUUGAUUGCCUACAAUGCAGCCAUCGCAGCUUGCGAAAAGCGCGAACGAUGGCGGCAAUCGCUGGCGCUGCUGUCACGUCUGGAUGGCUCGGCUCUGGUGGCUGACAGAAUAUCGUACGACGCGGUUCUCAGCGCGUGUCACAGUGCGCUGGCCUGGCAACGGGUGCUUCGCCUCUUCGAGGGGGUGCUUUGCAGGAGCGUGGAGGUCGAUCUCAUGGCUUACAACGCAGCUCUCAGCGCCUGCGAUGCCGGUGGCAAAUGGCAGACAGCACUGGUUUUGAUGGAAAAGCUGAGCAACGAGGGGAUCAGCCCCUCCGUGGUCUCCUACACUGCCGCGGUGGGCGCCUGCCAGCGCAGCAUUGCGUGGAGGAUGGCCCUGGUACUUCUUGGCUGUGCGGCGGCUGCCGGCGUCGAGAGCAAUGUGGUGACCUUCCAGUCGGCGAUGGCUGCCUGCGAGAAGAGUGGCCAGCUGUGGCCCUGCCGGCGCUUGGCCUCACAGAUCCAGGUCCAAGCACUCCGGGCUUGCCUGCUUCUGGGAGUUUAG